AUCAGCAUGCUUCCCCUAACACUUCCUCACAGCCUGCUUUCACUUUCUGUUGAGAGAAGGAAACCGGCCUCUGAAGGAGCUGCGGAGCUGUUGACUGAGUCCUGAGCCUCAGCCUUCACAGGGCCCUGGGUCGUUUUCAGGCAUCUGACUCAAUCCGUCUCCAGAUCUGGUGGAUCUUUCUCUGGUGGAUCUUCAGUGAGGACCACUGCCACAACCAGUGACCGUGACCUGCCUGACCAUCACAGCACCAUGGCCACCAGGUCCACAUCCACAGACCAGGACUACUUGGCCUUGGUGUGGUUCUGCUUCCGCCUGCUGCAGUUGUUCUCCAGCUGUGUGGCCUUCUGGCUGGUGACUUCUGGCUUUCGGAAGAGGGGCUACGGGGACAUAAAUAUCUGGGCCAUGCUCAUCUGGUUCCUCUCUUUGCCCAUAAGCCUCAUCAUAGUCAUAGCUGAAUUAUGUUAUAUCCAGUCCCACUUUCAUUUCUCGUACCACAUGCCCCUCACAGAUGCCUGCUUCGCCGCCCACGUCUGUCUCUCACCGUUCGUCGUCCAGUCUAUCCGGAGACACCAGUUUUUGCCUUAUGACCCUUUCAUAGACAGGGUCAACGCUGCCCUAUCAUUCACCUACAUUACGUGUUUCCUUUAUGGUGUAGAACUGUCUUGCACGUGGAACUGCUACAAGCUCAAAGACCUCACCUGCGCUGUGUACACCAUGCAGGGCGUGCUGAAGGUGCUGGAGAUGUUUGUGGCCUGUGUCAUCUUCACCUUCAUCAGCAACACCUCCCGGCACCUGAAGGAGCCAGCUCAUGAGUGGUGUCUGGCCAUCUAUUGGAUCUGCUUUAUCCAGGCAAUUGUGGCCACGCUGUUGAACCUAGGCAACUGGGAGUACAGGCUGCCUGUCCAGCUGACCCUGCUCUCCGUCCUCCUCUACUCCACUGCUUUGGUUCUCUGGUGGCUCUACCCAGUAGAUGAGGAGAUUGAGGGCAAGCCCAAGGGAUUCUGGGUCUUGUACAUGUUGAGGCUCACCGACCGCUGGAGCCUCUGGAGCCGCAGGGACCAUCGACAGGCUGUGGCCAUCCUGACAGCCAUCAACCUGCUGAUUUACGUGGCCGACCUGGUGAUCUCAGCCCACUAGGUUUUGUCAAGGACUGAGGAUCAGCCCUCUUGUCAAUAGAGGUUUCUAUACUGAGCUCUGAUGUCGUCUUCCUGGCUCCCCUUCUCACAUCCUUCCCCGUUCAUCUCUCUCUCUUUUCUGUUUCCUUCUCUCCAUAUGCUCUUUGUCCUGUUUUAUGUGUUUGCUCACACCCUGUUUUGUCUUUCUCUUGCUUCUCUCAUCUUUUCUACAUUUUCUGCUUUUGUCCCUUUUCUGAUCAUCCUUGGUCUCCUAUGUCCUGACCUCCUCUCCCCAUUUUCCCGCUGAUCAAUCAAGAUCAGAUUUCUUCCUUCUCUGCCCACCACCCCCUCCCACCUUCUAAGGUGCUGACUUCACAGCACACACCUCUCUGUGUGGCUGUUCACACCCUGGACAUCCAGAGGGGCCUCGUUACCAAAGCAAGUCUGUACCCCUGGCAGUGCCUUAGAUGGUGUGUGUGUGUGAGUUUGGGGGUGGCAUGGGUAACUAGGCUGCUGCUGCUGCUGCUAAGUCGCUUCAGUUG